AUCCGGUGGGUGUACACGCUUACCAUCAUGCACAAGGAUCCGCCGGGAAGGGAAACGCGAAUCUGACAUACAGUACCUAUGUCAUGAUACAUCAACCUCAGGACACACGUCGGUAUCGCUGUCCUUUUCAUAUCAGGUGAAGAUAGAAGAUCUAAAGCCUAGUUGAAGUACUCGAGAGUACCAGGUUGCGAGGGAGAGACUGUGAUAUUACCCGUAAGUCACUGUACUUGCCCGCAUAUCAUACUUUUCCAGUGAUAUAUUUAUACGAUCGUUGGACGUUAGGUUGCGUCGACAGCAAAUAUGUUCGGGACCCUCAAAGUAGGCAAGAGGAAUAAAUCUGGCAGUAUGGUCUUCAUAGAAGACAACAGGCCAAAUCGGGGAAUGUUAGGAAGUCCCCAUGUUGCCUGCAAGAAUUGCAGAGAUAAAAAGUGUACGGGCGAGCCGACCGGUUGCAGGCGAUGCAGCUCUACCAAUCUAUGCUGUCAAUACCCUUCGCCCACCGUCGAUAAGCGAGGUAACAGAAGCCGACGGAGCACACAAGGUUCUAUCGGAUCACGGAAGUCUUCGAUAUCCGCGAAACCCAUAACUCUUAAGGAAGGGCCGGAAUGUGAGAGUCCUGGCACACAGGCCAAUGUAGACCUCGAUAAAGCGAAUGAUGAUAGCCUUAACAUGGGGUUCACUUUCCCCUCUUUCGUCGAUUAUUCUCUCAUCAGCAGCUUCGAUGACGAUUUUUCCAUGAUGGACAGCGAAAGCAUGACAGAGCCUAUCUCACCAAAAGGAUCUUUCACUGACAAUUUAGGCCUUGUCUCUGAGCAAUUCGAAAUGAACCCCCCGGAGCCAGGUUUCGCCCUUGAUCCCGCUCAGCUUCACAAAUAUUCUGGCUCGAACAACCUUCACACGGGCUCCUUGCCCUCUUCGAUAUUUCUGGACACCAUAACCACUCCGUUGGACGCGAGGUUGAAUAAUGGCGUACUGGUUAAUGAUGCACCGAAGUCCACCGACAGUUCAUACCAGAAUCCAGAUAGCCCUCUAUUAUGCCAAACUAGCUCGUCAGUCUCUAGUCCAUCGUUAUCGAACUCGGUAAUAGAUCGCUUCCAGGAACACGACCAAAGCAUGCUGAUGCGAAAGCGCGCGUCAGCUGAGGCCCCGUUCAGUUACGAUAACGAUAGCGACUCCAACGUUUCCACGUGCCAAUGUAUCGAACAUGCACUACAACUUCUUGAAAAGCUUCCCAACCCAGCCAGUGAGUCAUCCGCAUUUCCAGGGGACAAUAGCGACAUGCCACUAGAAACAGCAGACUCUCACUUUGACGCCAACGAGGAACCGCCAGCGCAUUCGUGUAUCGAUACGAUCGAGACCUCAGGAUUUGUAACAUCUAGUGCACAAUUCCUCAGUAAUUUUUCUCGGCACAUGACAGUAUUCUCGACCGUGUCGAGCUGCCAGUCAUGUCUAUGUAAAUCAUCAUUCGCCAUGAUAUUGCUUAUGCUCGCACAGCGGCUUACCAGCCGCGUAAAGCUUCUACUCUUGCAUCAUGCUCCGAGCCGAGAUGAGGAAAUAGUAUCGAUACCGAGUAGUAGUAGGUAUACGUUGACGAUUGGCGACCACGUGGUCGAGUACGAAGAUCCGUUGCGACUCAUUUCGACGUUGCUGGUAGGGAAGAUUCAUAGGCUUGCUAGUUGCGUUGGCAAGUUAAAAGCGACGUGUGUAAGUGCGCGGUGGAAUGCGUACGCUAGGGGGUUCGAAACACUAGAGGCGCCUUUAAAGGAGAGGAUAGUUGAGCUUGAGACCAUGAUGUAAUGGAGAUGGAGAUGUCUCUGGUAGCCCUAUGAAGAUAAACAUUGAAGAUGGAGAGUUGAAGUACUAGUACCUAGUUAGUACCUAAGGUUAUCGUAUAGCUACUACUAACUAGUUAGUGGGAGGGAGAGC